UUCAAAAUGUCUGAGGGUCGCAAUAGAAAAGGUGUCUACAAAUUUUAGGUCAAGAAGAGAAAGGACUCUGACGAUAGAAACAAGACCAGUGUUUUUGGGAGAGUAACGUUAUUUCAUACGCUGGCGUGUGCUAAAAGCACAGGUUGGGCCUCCCACUGAUGCCUCAGUGGCGAAGUUUCUACUCGACAGGUUCUGAUCAUUAGCAGAAAUCGUGGUAUGGACUGGAAGUAAUCACAGCAAGAAAUGGAGAAGACAACGUUCAGGAUAAUUGUACAUGACACUGAUAUCAGGAAAAUUACUCUUACUGGGAAGCCAAAGACCCUUGAUUCACUUGUUCAACAGCUUGAGGUGGUGUUGGAUCUUCAGUACAAGUUCUCCCUUCAGUACGAGGAUCCGGAAUUCAACAAUGCUCUCGUCAACCUCACUGACAUUGCUGACCUGCUUGACAAAGCAACCUUAAAAAUCAUCCCCCUAGUGCCAGCAGCCACACCAAGCACACAAAGCUCACCAACCACAUCUACAGCAGACACAGAAAUUCUCCCUAUUUUCUCUCCUCCAAGUCGAUCCCCAUGGCCAGAGAUCUUUGAAAUUCCCAAUUUUCCUGUGGAUGUAGAGUACAGAUUACGCCAAAGAAACCUACUGUAUAUGAGAGACAAAGCAUACUUUACCGUGCCCAAGGAAAUGAAGCAUGAGAUACUUCAGAAAGUUGUGGAGACAAUUUUUACUUUCAAAUCAUUUAUCACUGAUGAAGAGUGCCAAGAUGUUGCACGUGCACUGAUUAACAAACAUCCAUGUCUCACUGAACCAGCCUCCUCCACUGGAUGCGGAGCCUGGAAAAAUAGCAUCAAGUUCAAAGUUGCCAAUUAUCGCAGGAAACUGCGCAGAGCUGGAUGUGUAGACGUAGCUGUAAAUCAAGGACAAAGAAGCGGAACACCUCAAAGAAGUGCUAAAAAACCCAAACGAUGUGAAGUCAAUUUUCUUCCCAAUUUUCCUAAUGGUGAAGAUGAGAACAGCCUGGAGUCCAAACGACAGGAACUUGUAGAGGAGAUGAAGAAACGGUGUCCAACUGCUACUUUGAUAUCCAAGAUUAUGGACAGCACAUAUGCCUUGAGAAGACAGGAGUUGGUGAACUCUGAACCUCCAGUGAAGGACACAAUAGAGAGGUGGCCUGCACUCUUUACAGAAAGUCAGGUUAUAGCAGAGUUCUGUCGCUUAACCAGCAAGAACCUCAAAAUUGAGUUUUUUAAAGAACUGGACAAAUACACUCCUCGCUGUCUUGACAUUUUCAAGUCCAAGGGUGGACGUGCCGGCCAGACACUUAAGGCGUAUUUGCAUCAAGUCGCACCGGGGAAUACAGAUGUUACUGCUAAGCGAACAGCAGUCCUCCGUGGCCUUCCCAUCCUACUUGGAGAUGAGAACAAAGACUUCUUCAAGACAUGCUUUGACUGUGAUGAACCGGACCUUGCCAACACCUCCAUUGGGAUCCUAACUGUAAUCCCUGAAGGUACCCCACCUCUUCCUGACUCGCUGAAUCUGGAGUCUUCAGCAACUGCUCUUAUUCUAGAGGGCACGAUUGUCAUGGAUCAUCUGGAAAAUCUUCCAGCUGCAUUUUGCCAACUGUUCGGGCUUAUUUAUGCCCUGAAUUUGAAAUACCCGGAACAGAUUAAGAACACGAUGGACUUUAUCCAAAGAGUUCUACUCUCACUGGGUCACAAGACUUUAAGGCCCAAAAUUCAAUCACUCAAAAAUCUUCUGUGCAGUGAGUAGUGAAGUUCUUUGUUUUACAAACACACACACACACACGCACAUUUAUGGAGGUGUUUCAAUGUUUGAAAUGUUUUACAGCCUUCAUAGGCUUUUGUUGAGCCUUUUGUUUUAGAUCCGCAGUUCACUGUAUUGAUCUGUUUUGAUCAAUUGAAGUGUCUCUCCCUCUCUUCAGAUUGCUUUUCAUUUAGGGCUGCACGAUAAA